AUGUUGGCUGGCAUUGGCCAGGUGCUGCCCAAGCUGCGAGGAACUCCCCGAGAAGUGUGGGAGGUGAAGGAAGAAGACGAUGAGGAGGUCGUAGACCUGAUCGAGAUGUUUCGAGAAUGGGGGAACAAGCCCCACGCAAGAAUGGUGAAGGUGAAAGAAGUUCAAGUGUUCGACAUAAGCCAGGGAGAUGAAGAGCUGAACGAGUUGGACGAGUACCAAAUGUGGUAUGAAGAAGAUCGACCAGAAGUCAAACAGGAUGCAUACAGCGCUUUCCUGACAAAGCUAGUGAAGAGGAGGAAUGGAACGUCGGAACUGAAAGAUGACAUAGAGAAUGGCAAGUACGAAGAAGGUUGGUUUUAUCUCACUGACGGACGGCCAGUGAGAAUCGACUGGGACGUGAACACGACGUACAGCCUUGGACGAGACGAAGGAAGGGUGUUCAAUUUCAGAACCACACUGAGAACGCGAUACGAAGAAGAACAAAUAGUCUGGGAAGAAAUGGAAUUUCAUGAGUGUGCCGAGGAGUGGAGAGACAAAGGCACAACGGUCAUAGUACCAGAGAUCGAGAAAGCAGUGGUCAUCACGAUCAUGGAAAGAUUUCCGAGAAGUGUUGAAGAUUACGGAGAGUACAGUAGUCCGUACAAGAGAAAGGAACCAGAAGAAAAGCGUGAUGUGGAAAUGGAACCACAAGAGCAGGACGACUUAUGGAAAGGAAGAUCAGAAAAGGAGUUGCAGCGAGAGAUUGAAAAAGGAAUCGAAGAAUUGGAACAAGCGCCAAGUUCUGGGUUCGCACCAGGACCGCAUAUGCAAGAAGAGAACGAUGAGAGUGAGCGAAAGAAGGUUGAAGAACAACUUCCGAAACUUGGAGAAGCAAUGGAAGAGAAAAUGAAGAUCGGAGGAAUCGAGCUUACACCAGCAAGUACGAUAAAGCAGUUGAGAAAUGCUUGCGAGUUCCUCAAGAUAGGAAAGACAGGACGGUCGAAGCAGCCGAAGAGGCUGCCGCCAUCAAGUGGAAUUGAAGUGGCGCCGAUCGAAGGAGCAGCGGCAAGGAAAAGGGAUGAAGCAAGUAUGACCUCGGGUGAAGCCGAGGAAGAAGAGCCGGAAGGCCGAGAGUCGACGAAGGAAGCGGACAAGUUGAAGAAAGACCUGAGAAGAUCCAAAGAGGAGAAGGAUUUGCCGAAGUACCAUGACGACGAAGAGGUAGAGUUGGAAGAGUUUGACGGAGAGUUUGUGGACCAAGAAGAAGUUGAAAGGAAUGUACAAGUGCGAAGAAUGAACGGCAAUGGCCGAAGCGGCAAUGGCCGACGAAUGAACGAUGAGCGAUUGGCGAAGAUCAUACAAGCUGUAACGAUGGCUGUGUUGAUAGGAAUGGGAGAAGCCAAGAAAGCCAAGGAAGAAGACCAAGGAGCCGAGGAGGAGAAGAAAGAGAAGAAAGAAAAGAAGAAGGAGAAGGAUUCGUCGUGCAGUGAUUCUGCAAGCGAGUCAUCUUCAAGCGAGUCAAGUUCGAGCGACGAGAAAAAGGAGAAGAAAGAAGAAAAGGACCAGAAAGAAGACAAGGACCAGGAAAAAGUCAAGAACCAGGAAGAAGUCAAGAACCAGGAAGAAGUCAAGAACCAGGAAGAAGUCAAGGACCAGGAAGAAGUCAAGGACCAGGAAGAAGUCAAGGACCAGGAAGAAGUCAAGGACCAGGAAGAAGUCAAGGACCAGGAAGAAGCGCCUGAGAAGGAAGGAAAAAAGGAGGAAGAAGCCGAAAAAGCCGAUGACGAUGAAAGAUACGUCCUCCUGGCAAAGGAAGGCCUAUGGCCAACGAUCUUAAGCUCAAUGCAGCUGGACGAAAAGGGAGCAAAGAUGCUCGAAGAGACAGGGAUCGAUGGCGACGCCCUAAGGUCCGAAGCGACGCAGAGAAUGUUCCAAGAGUUCAAAGAGACAAUGGAGAGUCCAGUCGUGAAGAUUCCAACGGGAUAUGGAACAAGGGUGCAACAAUGGUUGGCAGCCCUGAAGGGGCAAGAAGAAGAUGAGAAGGACUCGGACGAGUUGAUGUACGAAGAUGUCGCCAAUGCAGAAAAGGAAGCGGAAGAUGCCGAACGGGCAUAUGGCGAAAAGUACCGCGAGGUUGAGAAGAUGAUGGAAGAGUGCAAAAGCCUUAAGUCCACGAUGCAGAAGAAGAAGGAAGCUGAAGGACAUUUGGCGGAGUACAAUGAGUUCAAGCACUCGAGAAGAAUGCUGAGCGUGGUAAGGAUGCUUGUAGAGACAAGUGAAGAAGUGAUGAAGUGUUUGGUGGAAGCAUCGCCAGACUACGGUCGGAUUUUCGAAGAAAGACCGAGAGUGUCCUUACUCGAGCGAAUGCGCAAAAGGAAAUUGGCCGAAGGAGCCAGCGAGGCAGAGUCAAUGGCUGCAGGCUCGGAAAGGCAAGUGAAGACAAAGGCAAUGCCAAAGCCGUUGAAGAUGCGCAAGGAGAUGGCAGAAGUUGUGCAAGUUGAUGAUGCCAUCGAAGAGAAGAAGUAUGAAGGUGAAGGAAAGGAGAAAAAGAGAGAAGAAGACCUGAGCCAGGUCAACCCAAGGUGGCUUUUGAAGUCAAGUGAAAGGAGCACCCGAAGCGAAAAGGAGACGGGAACGCGCCAGCCCGGAUGCUUUUUCUGUAAGGGAUCGCAUCGUGCGAUCAAGUGCCAAGUGAUGCUGGAUUUGGCAAAGGAGAUCACGGGAAAAGUCCCAAGUCUCGAUUGGCGAGAAAAGGAGAAGCGUGGUUUGUGGUGCAAGUGGUGCUGGUACACAACAAAGAACCCGUCUGAGCAUACGGGGUGGGGAAGCCACACCCACCAAAGGUGCUGGUACCAGAAGCAAGGCCAAGAAGUUGAGGCCAAAGUCAAAGCCGAGAAGGAAAAGGCAGGAGCAAAGGAAGUCAAUGAUGAAGUCCAGAAAAUGGUGGAUAUGAGCGAGAGACCUGCCGAGCCAAAAGGAUUGCCACCGAAUCCCCAAUGGGGGUUGGAGACGCUCAAGAAGAGAAAGGAGCCAGAAACGCCAGGACCAACCGUCGAAGAGGUCCAGACAAGCGAUGAAGAAGCGAAGAAGAAGCAAGCAAAGGAGAACAUCAAGAAGAUCAAGAGAGAAGAAAGGAGAAAGGAACGUGAAGAGAGAAAGAAGGCAAAGAAAGAAGAGAAGAAGGCAAAGAAGGAAGAAAGGAAAAAGGCCAAAGGAAGCGAGGCCAAGGAGCCGACAGCCGAGAUCGACAAAGAGACCCCGGGUGGUCUCAGCGGAUGGACACCAGCUCGUCUUCGAGCGAUUCGAGCAUCAGCUGGGAUUGGCCGCCUCUGCCUCAGUGUGCUGCAUUUCGACCAGUCCUCAUCCGGCCUCGCUGCUUCCAUCUUGACCUGCUUGAGCUUGGUUCCGUUUGGCUUGCAGUGGCCGCAGGAUCCACGCGUGCACCCGACAGCUUUUGCAGCUGUCUGCUUGAUCAGAGUGCCGUCUGAUGUCCGCGCCCGGCUCAAGUUGCUUGUGGAGGCACAGCUUGCUGCAAUUCCUGACAACAUGCCUAAAUUCCCUUGGGAAACCGGAUCGUUCAAGGCCAUCUUUGGUGAGGGAAUGGCCGGUGUGUUGUCUCCACCAGUGCUGAGGCAACCUUCUCUUGUGCCCAUACCUGGGGUUGCCUCCCCUCCGCCGGAACCUGCGCCCGUGCAGAGUGCUUCUGGGAAACGCAAGCAUGCGCAUUUGUUUCAUGAGUGUUCUGCUAAAGCCUCCAGAGAUGAAAAUGCUGACAGUGAUGAGCAUUUGUGGAACAUCGCUUUGAGCAAGUGGGUUACUGUGUUCAUUUUGUGCGAGCACCAGGGAAGCACAGGUGCCAUGCUUCAGGACAGCUUCUGGUCCGAGGACGGCACUGCUCGGGAAGAUAUCAUCCGUGAUGUCUUGGGGUUGAAGGCCAUCAAUUUUGCGCAUCAUGUGGUCGACAUCCCCUUUAGUGCUGAGAUCUUGAGUGACAGGCGCCUUCAGGGCAGGGCGAAGAGGCUGAUUGCUGAUAGUGGUCCCCUGAAGCAAGCCACAGCAUUGCGUGUUGAGCAAGUCAUCCAACUUGAAAUUCGAACGACCUCCAGCGAGACUUGUGUGCAAGACAAGUUCCUUUUGGGCGGGAUGCUUUUCACGCUAUACUCUAGAUCGAGGUGGUCCGAUCAUCGCUUGCUUGAUUUUAUCUUGUUUGACGAAUGUGGGGCUCCUACUGAAGGUUUUAUUGAAGCACAGACCUCCCAUCACAAGACUAGGAAUUGCAAGAAAGCUGCCAAGCGUGCCAUGCCACUGGUUGCCCCCAUGUUCAGCUUGUCAGGCCAUGACUGGGCCAGUGCAUGGUACCAAGCAGGGGUCUCUAAGCGGAAAUGCAGCAGCGCAGAGGCGUCAGCCAUCCUACGGAGUGCCUUGGAAGUGGAUGCUUCUUCAGGGGUAUCAUCACACUCCCUCAAGGUCACCACUCUGAACUGGUGUGGCAAGAGGGGUUUGCCCGAGUUCGAUUGUUUGAUGUUGGGUCACCAUGUCACUGGGUCCAAAUCGCGUGCGGUCUACUCACGUGAACUUCUCAGCGCACUGCUGCGCUCCUAUGUCGCCAUGCUGAAAGAAAUCAAAGCAGGGGUGUUCAAACCAGAUGCCUCCAGGUCGGGUUGGUUGUCCGACUGCGCCGCUUUUGCACCUUCACAUGCAGACUUUCGUUUUGAUAACCCGAAGCGACGUGGGAUCCUUGCUAGUGAACCUGCCGUGUCUCCCAGCGAUAUGUUGGGCCCAGAUGCAGGUGCGUGCGCCCCUCGCUCCCCACAGGAGUUUCCGGAGAGCCCGCUUCUUGCACAGGAUGCACCUGGCGAGUUUAUGGAAGGUGGAGUUCGGGAUCAUGCUGAUGAUGACGUUGAUGAGACAUCCCCUCCCUCCUGGGGGGGUGCCUUGCCUGACAACACUGCCCUGCCCGGUGUUGAGUCUGAGCGCGAUGCAGGGGAUGCAAGUAGCGAUGAGUCAGAUAGCAGUAGCUCAAGUGACAGCAACGCGUCCUCAGGGCAAUCGAUUGCCGAGGAGGGCAUCCUUCGGAAUGCCGGAGCUGCCCAAAGUUUUGAUGUGCCGGGCCCGUUAUGGCAGCACAGAGGUUCAAAGAUGCUGCACAAGGCGGUGCAAGGCUCGGAGAUGACCAAGUGCUCGCGUAGAACGGGUGGGAAUGCCUACCUGUAUCUUCCUGAGGGCUCUGUGUCGAAAUGGACACGCUGCUCGACAUGUUUUCGUGGUGAACUGAUCACCUCGAAAGGCGGUAUGGUGGCUGCCUUAGACGCGCUGAGCGCACCCAGAGCAUCCACAUGA